AUGAAGUUAGUAUUAGUAUUUUUGUUGAUGUGUAUUUAUCUAGUAUAGAUUAACACAACAAAUAUUAGUUUAAGUUAGCCAUGUUCAUGUUCACAACUUUUUGAAUAUGAUUGCUAUAGAAAUUUAAAUUGUGUUUGGAAUAACCUAUAGUUAAGAUGUGAAAUGAAAUCAGCAACUGAAGAAUAGAAUACAGAGACUAACAUUAAAAAUAAUACAUAUUGUACUAAAUUUGGAUCAGAUAAAUGUUGGUAAAUGGAUGGAUGUGCUUAUAUUUUAAAUGAAUGUGUUUAAUUUACAUCAUGUUCUAGUUAUCCUUUCAGUGUUUAAAAACUUUGCUAAAUGGUUUCGAGUAAGUGUAUCACUGAUGGUGAAAAAUGUGUUGAAAUAAGUGAUUGUUAUUAAUAUUCUACUCCUAUAUCAUGUGUUAAAAAUUCAAAGGGAAAAUAUUGUUUUUGGGAUUAGUAUUGUAUGGAUGCAACUGAUUGUGGCAAAUUACCAGUUUAAUUUAAGACAGAUGCUGAAUGUCGUGAAUAACUAUAAUAUUGUACAGUAAAUCCAAGAGGUGGAUGUCAGGUUAGUGGAUACAAUUGUGAAGAUUAAGAAUUUGAGAUGUAAUGUUAUUAUAAUCAGAAAUUGGGAUUAUGUGCAUGGGUUGAUGGUAAAUGUAUGGAUCGUUCAUGUUAAACUGCACCAAAAUCAAUUAGAACAGAUAUUGCUUGUUAAGAAUAUUUUUAGAUUUGUACUUUAGAUGUUAAUGGAGGUUGUAGAUAAAGAACAUAAUGUAAUGAUGUAUAAAUAAAGGAAUCAUGUACAUAUAAUGCAAAUGGAUCAUUAUGUUUUUGGAAUGAAGAUAAAUGUUAUGAUAAAAGAUGUGAAAAUGCACCAUAAAAUAUUAUAUGUUCUUCAUUUUUAGAAAAUUGUGUACCUAAAUCUAUUGGAGGAUGUAUGAGUAUUUCUGAAUGUUCAAAAUAUGAUCUUGAAGAGAGUUGUAAAGUAGAUACUUUAAAUAAUAAAUGUUUUUGGACAGGUAGUAUUUGUGUAUUACAUAUAUGUCAAAAUGCACCUUUAGAUUAUGUUACUCAUGAAUAAUGUACUGUUUACAAAGAAGAUUGUACAGUUAAUAAUACUACUUUUAAAGGAUGUUCAGAAAGAACAUGUAAUAAUGCUCCAACUACAUCAACAACAUUUCUAUAAACAAAUUAUGAUUGUAAUAAAUAUAAAGAAGGUUGUAUCACAAAACUUGGAGGAGGAUGUAAAUAAUUAAAUGAAUGCAGUGAUAUAGAUGUUGAAAUUGCUUGUGUAGUAGAUAAAUAUGGAAGAAAUUGUUUUUUUUAUAAUGGUUAAUGUGCAUUAAGAAUAUGUGAAAAUGCACCCUUAUCUUUUAAUAGUCAUGAAUAAUGUUAAGAAUUUAAUUAAGAAUGUACUGUAGCAAGAACACUUAUUGGAUGUGUCAAAAUGACAUGUCAAAUACUUACAUCAUAAAGUACUUGUAAAGUUGAUUUAAAUGGUAAUCGUUGUUUUUGGACUGGUCUUUGUUAUUCAAAGACAUGUGCUAAUGCUCCAUUUGAAUAUGAUUCAGAUUUGAAAUGUAAAACUUAUUUGAGUUAAUGUACUAUUGCUAAUAGUGGACGUGGAUGUAUAAUAAGACCAGCUUAAUGUAAUCAAUUAGUCUUAGAAGAAUAAUGUUAUAUUACAUCGAGUGGUUAAAUUUGUGGCUGGUUUGAAGGAGCCUGUUAUGAUAAAGCUUGUUUUACUGCACCUUACACAUCUGAUUAUGAUACAUAUGAAGAAUGUGAUAUGUAUUUAAGUGGAUGUACAGUUGCAAGUGAAGGUAAUGGAGGUUGUAUUCUUUUGGAUUCAUGUACUACUUACACUGCAUAAAGAAGUUGUCGAUUUAAUAAUUUAAAUUAAUUAUGUGAAUGGACUGGCAAUGCUUGUUAUGAUAAAUCAUGUACAACAGCUCCUUAAGAUGCUGAUCAUGAUUCAAAUGAAGAGUGUGAGGCCUAUUUAAUAGGAUGUAUUGUUGCUCCAAGUGGUUAGGGAUGUAUUUCAAAACCUAAUAGUUGUGGAUUGAUGAGUACAAGCACUUAAUGCACAGAUACUUCAACUAAUUCACUUGGAGGACCAUGUGUCUGGAUUGGAUCUUGUGUAAAUAGAACUUGUGCUAAUGCUCCAAUUUCUACUAAUUAUGAUACUCAUUAAGAAUGUUAUACAUUUCUGUCUUCAUGUACUGUAGUAUCUACAGGUAUAGGAGGUUGUAUGACAUAAUUAAGCACUUGUGCUUAAUAUACAACAUUUAGAUCUUGUCAAUUAGCAUCUAAUGGUUAGAAAUGUGCUUGGUAAUAUAAUUAUUGUUAAAAUCGAUAAUGUUCAUAUGCUCCUGAUACUAAUGAAUUUGAUUCUGAUACAGAAUGUAAUAAUUUCCUUAAUUCUUGUACUGUUGUCAGAAGAAUUAGUAAUUUAGGUUGUACAUCAAGAUUAAGUUCUUGUUAAGAUCUUACAGAAUAAUAAUGUAUUAGUGAUAGUGCAAACAAUUUAUGUACUUGGGAUACAACUCUACCAACACCUUAUUGUAAGAAUAGAUCCUGUUCCUUAAUGAUAGGAUAUACUUAUACAUAAGAUAAUUGUAAAAAUUGGUUAUCUGGAUGUGUUGUUGAUAAUAAUUCACCUCAUACAAGUUGUAUGAAUAAGUAAUCAUUGUGUAGUCAGUAUACAAAUAUAGAUAAUUGUGAAUUAUCUACUAGUAAUGGUUAUUGUACAUGGAAUGGUUCAUCUUGUGUUACUAGAACUUGUGCUACUACUUAAAAUAUCACUGAUUUUAAUCAUACAACUUGUAAUACUUGGUUAUCUUCAUGUACUGCAGGUCCUCCUACUAGUUGUAUUUAGAAACCAACUAAUUGUUCAGAUUAUGUUAAUUAUGAUUAAUGUUAUAAGAAUUAUUCUGAUCAUCCUUGUACUUGGGUUAAUGAUGCAUGUAUUGAAAAAACUUGUAUUAAUCAUGGAUAUUUUGUUACUGUAUUUAAUUAAACUAAUUGUAAUAAUUGGUUAUCAUCUUGUUCUGUUAAUCCAGGUAAUACUGCUUGUGAAACUACAAGAACUUGUGCUAAUUAUACAGGAUCUACAUUUACACAUUCUGAUUGUAAUUCUUGGUUAAGUGAUUGCACAACUAAUGGAACUUAAUGUGUAAAUAAAACUUGUACUAAUCAUGAUUCAAAUGUGACUUUAUUUAAUAGUUCAACAUGUUCAACAUGGUUUAGUGAAUGUACAAAUGAUGGAUCAACUGGUUGUAAGAGUGCUAGAACUUGUACUAAUCAUGGAAGCAAAGUUACUAUAUUUAAUCAUACAAAUUGUACAAAUUGGUUAUCAUCAUGUACAAAUACAAAUACAGCUUGUACAGCUAGAACUUGUACAAAUUAUGGAUAAAAUAUUCUAUUCUUUUCUCAUGAUACUUGUAAUACUUGGUUAUCUACAUGUACAGUAACAUGGGAUUAAUUAGGUUGUGAAACUAAAACAUGUACUAACUAUGGUCAAUAAAUAACUACAUUUGAUAAUACUAAUUGUUAAGCAUGGUUAUCUGAAUGUCAAGCCAAUGUAAAUGGAACUGCUUGUGAAUCAUCCAAUACUUGUCCUUCUGGAGCAUUUACUACUGCUGUUAAUUGUGGCAAUUAUCUUGAAUCAUGUACCUAUGUCGGUGGAUCUAAUUGCACAAAUAAAAACUGUUCAUCUCCAUCAGGAAUUUCAACUUACAAUCAUAAAACAUGCACAAACUUUUAUAAAUUAUGUACUAGUAAUUCAGCAUCUAAUGGUUGUGAAUGGAGGACUUGUUAUAAUCAUAAAGGAUUUAUCUCUUAUUUUACACAUGAAUCAUGUGAAAAUUGGUUAUUUUAAUGUACAGUCAAUAGUACUAAUACAGGAUGUACAGUAAAGACAUGUACUAAUUAUGGAAGUCAUGUAACAUCAUUUACAAAUGCAGAUUGUAAUAAAUGGCAUCCUUCUUGUAAUGGAGCAACCACAACAUGUUAAGAAAGUAGAACAUGUACAAGUGCUCCAUCAGGCUAUCAAUAUGAACAUACUAAUUGUGAAGCAUAUUCUUUAAGUUGUACUAAAAAUACAGCUACAAGUUGUAUGACUAAAACUUGUUCUAAAGCAAAUUUAGUAUUUUCAACAUAUUCUCAUGCUAUUUGUUCAGAAUGGUUAAGUUCAUGUACAUCUGAUGCUACAGGUUCUGCUUGUACUAGUAGAACUUGUACAAAUUAUAAGGAUUAAUUAAGUACAAUAAGUCAUGCAACAUGUAAUGCUUGGUUAUCAAGUUGCACUAGCAAUAUUGCAGGUACUGCAUGUGAAACCAUAACAUGUUAUAAUCAUGGAACUUAAGUAACUGUGAUAGAUAAUUCAAAUUGUAAUAGUUGGAAAAGUGGUUGUGUUGGAGGAGGAACUACAUGUAGAAGUUCUUCAACUACAACUUGUGGAUCUUAUUCAGGAACUAUAAAUCAUUCAAAUUGUUCAACUCAUUUAAAUACAUGCACAAAUUCUGGUAGUACAAAAUGUAUAGUUAGAACUUGUUCAUUAGCAUCUUAAGGUGGUUUAACAGUAUUCAAUCAUUAAAAAUGUAGUGAAUGGUAUUUGGAAUGUACAGCUAAUUCAGAUGGUACUGGAUGUUAAUAUAGAACAUGUUAUAAUCAUGGAGAUUAUGUAACUACAUUUACAUCUACUACUUGUUAGAAUUGGCUAUAGGGUUGUAAUGUUAAUUCAACAAAUGAUGGAUGUAUUAAUGAACGUACAUGUUCUAAUUAUGGAACUUAUAUAUAAGAAUUUACUCAUGAAAAUUGUAGUAAUUGGUUAAGUACAUGUACAGUUGACUCUGGUAACACAGCUUGCAUAGAUCGAACAUGUACAAAUUAUGGAAGUAAUGUAACUGUAUUUGAUUACACUAAUUGUAAUGCUUGGUUAGAUGGUUGUACUGGAACAGGUAGUGCAUGUGAAGCAAGAUCUUGUAGUAAUUCUUCAACUGGAAUCAUUUCAUACACUGAAGCCAAUUGUUAUAAAUGGUAUUCAUAUUGUCAAGUAAAUUAAACACUUACUAAUUGUAUAAGUACACGUACUUGUACAAAUCAUGCAGGUAAUAUUACUACAUUUGAUCAUUCAAAUUGUAAUUCUUGGUUAUCAAAUUGUACAGUCACAGCUGAUGGACUUAAUUGUGAAACUAAGACUUGUACUAAUAGUAAUAUAACUGCUGGAAAUUUCAAUUUAAAUAAUUGUAAUUCAUGGUUAACUGGAUGUAUUGCUAAUUCUACAGCAGAUAAUUGUGAGACUGUGAAAACUUGCUAAAAUGCAGUAUCUAAUCUAACUACUUUUGAUCAUACUACUUGUUCUGGUUGGAAGAGUUCUUGUACAUACAAUAAAGCUGGAACUGGUGAUACUGGAACUAGUUGUAUCGAAUUUAUAUGUGCUAAUGCAUAGUUGUCUACUUUUGAUCAUACUAAUUGUAAUAAUUACAAGAACACUUGUACAGUGAAUUCAACUAAUGAUGGAUGUACUGAUUUUAUUUGUUCAACUGCUAUCAAUACUAUAUCCUCAUUUACACACACUGAUUGUAAUAAUUAUAAAUCUUCAUGUACAGUAAAUAGUUCUGGAGACAAUUGUGAAGAUAUUACUUGUAGUAAUGCUUCACGUACUUUAUCAAUUUCAAGUGGAUCCUAUACUCAUUCUGAUUGUUAUGGAUGGUUAUCAUCUUGUACAAUCAAUAGUUCAGCAGAUGGAUGUGAGACUAUGACUUGUGCCAAUGCAUCAUACUCUCAAAUUAUUGAUUCAUCUUAUAGUUGUACAAACUCUUGGAUGUCUACUUGUGAAUUAAAUUCAUCUAAUAAUAAUUGUAUUGAUAAAACUUGUCUUACUUAUAGAGGGUCAUUAUCCACUACAAAUUGUAAUAAUUACUUUAUUGGAUGUACUUAUUAUGGAAAUUAUGAUAAUACUUCUUCUUGUACUACUACAGUUAGAACAUGUGCUAGUGCUGUUACGGCUCAUGAUAAUGGUUAUGAUAUUGUAGAUUAAUCAGGAUGUGAUUCUUGGAAAGCUGGUUGUGCAUACAGAGGUUCUGGCAAUUAUGGCUGUGAAGCAAGAUCAUGUUCUAAUUAUGUCAGUGCUAAUCAAUCUAAUCCAACAUCUUAUGCAUAAUGUAAUAGUUGGUUAUCAACAUGCACUUUUGAUAGUUCAAAUUAAAUAUGUGUUGAAAAAACUUGUUCUAACUUUUCUUAAUCAUCACCUUCCUUUGCUAAUUGUUAAGCUUGGCAUUUUUUAUGUACUAUCAAUUCAACAUCGACAGGUUGCGAAAAGAAAAAUUGCACUAACUAUUCAUUAGUUUAUCAAGUUUUUAAUGAUCCUAGUUGUGAAUCAUGGUAUGUUAAUUGUAGAGCUAAUUCAUCAAAAACUGGUUGUGAGGCAAGUUGUACUACAACUAGUGUUACUCCAUUUAAUUUUGAAAAUUGUCAAGAUUGGGACACUAUGUGCUCUGUUAAUAGUGAUAAUUCAAAUUGUGAAAGAAGAAGUUGUUCAAAUCCUUAACUUGCAUCUUAUACAGAUAUUACAUGUUCAUCUUGGUUAUCUACUUGUACUAAUAAUAGUAAUACAGGAUGUAUAGAUAGAACAUGUUAUAAUUAUUCCACAAAUCUAUUAUUAUAUACUGCCAAUAAUUGUCAAUCUUGGUUAUCAACAUGUACUAAUUACAAGACUUAAGGUUGUAUGCCUAAAACAUGUGAUAAUUAUUCUGGUGUUAUCAAUGAUAGCAAUUGUUAAUCUUAUCUAUCUUAUUGUCUAGCAAAUACAACAAAAACAAAAUGCAUAACUAGAAGAACUUGUACUAAUCAUGGAUCUGCAGUUACAACUUUUACUCAUGUCAAUUGUGAAAAUUGGAAUAGCCAUUGUACUAUUAAUAGUGAUAAUACUGCUUGCAUUGAAAAAACUUGUAGUAAUAUAAAUACAAGUGCUGUUAUAUAAAUAAAUUCAUAUACAUGCACUGCUUGGAAAUCAACUUGUGCUUAUAUUAAUGGAAGUUGUGUGGAAAAGACUUGUAGUAAUUCAGAUUUGGUUGGUAGUGAUGUCACUCUAACUAAUUGUAGUGAUUGGUUACCUUAUUGUAAAGCUAAUAAUGCUAUUUGGCCAUAAUAUUGUGAAUUAAAGACAUGUUAAAAUCAUUCAUUAGGAACAAUAAAUUAAGCAAAUUGUUAAAAUUGGUUAUCAUAUUGUAGAGUAAAUUCAGCAGGAACAGCUUGUAUGACUGAUCGUACAUGUAGUAAUUAUGGAAUAAAUAUAUUAACAUUCAAUCAUAUUAAUUGUGAAGCUUGGUCAUCUUAUUGUACAGUAAAUACAACAAAUAAUGGAUGUAUGAAUAAAACUUGUUUUAAUACUAAUUUAAGUGUGUUUAAUGAUCAAACUUGUGGGUAAUGGUUGAAUACUUGUAAAGCUAAUUCAUCUAAUACAGGAUGUGAUAUAAGAACUUGUACAAAUUAUGGUAAUUAAUUAACCAGUUAUACUGCUGUAACUUGUUCAUAUUGGUUAUAUUAAUGUACGAAUAAUUCAUCUACAGGUUGUAAGACAGUUAGAACAUGUACUAGUUAUACUAAUUAAAUCUAAACAUUUACAAUGUAGACAUGUUCAGAAUAUUUGAGUAAUUGUGUUCCUGAUCCUACUAAAUCAUCUUGUUAAGCAAGAACUUGUAGUAAUGCAUAAGAAUUACCAUCAUAUACACAUUAAAAUUGUACAAAUUGGUUAAAUAGUUGCACUGUGAAUUCAACUAAUGAUAGUUGUAUUGAUAGAACAUGUCAAAAUGCAAGUCUAUCAUUUUAUAAUUAUAAUAGUUGUUCUAAUUGGUUAAGUUCAUGUACUGUAAAUGAUACUAAUGAUGGCUGUACUGCUAAAACUUGUAGUAAUAGUACUGUUACUUAAUUUACAUAAUCUAAUUGUACAGCUUGGUUAAGUACUUGUACAAAUGGAAAGAAUGCAUGUAUUAAUAAGACAUGUGCAAAUUAUACAGGUACAAUCAAUUAAACAAAUUGUAUUGGAUGGUUAUCAUAUUGUUAUGCUGAUUCUGCAUCUCAAACAUAAUGCUAUAGUUUGAGGAAUUGUUAUAAUCAUAAUUUAAGUACAUUUAAUGUGAGUACAUGUAGUUCAUGGUCUCCAUUAUGUACAGUCAAUACUACAAAUGAUGGAUGUAUUGAAAAGACUUGUUAUAAUAAUAAUUUAACAAAAUUUAGUCAUGCAACUUGUUCAGAUUGGUUAUCAACUUGUACAGCCAAUAUGGAUGGAACUGGUUGUGAAAUUAGAUCAUGUACAAAUUAUGGAAACAAUAUAAUUAUAUUUAGUAAUGCCAAUUGUUCUGGAUGGUAGAAAUAUUGUAAAGUAACUACAUUAGGUAAUGCAUGUGAACCAUAUACUUGUUGGAAGAAUAAUGUUAGUGUAUUCAAUCAUACUAAUUGUUAUAAUUAUUUAGAUUAAUGUACUGUUGCAGAUUCUACAUCUUGUGGAUCUACAAGAACAUGUACAAAUCAUGGAAGUGCAGUUACUAUUUUUAAUCAUGCUAAUUGUUAAUAUUGGUUAACUAAAUGUACUGUAAAUGCUGCAGGAACAGCAUGUGAAGAAAUGACAUGUACAAAUCAUGGAAUUUAAGUAACUACAUUCAAUCAUUCAAAUUGUUAAAAUUGGAUGUUUGAUUGCACUGUUAAUGCAACUGGUACAGAUUGUGAAUUAAAAACAUGUUCUAAUUAUGGUGCUAAUGUUGUUGUUUAUACUCAUUCUAAUUGUUUAGCCUGGCUAUCUAAAUGCACAGCCAAUUCAACUUAAAGUGCAUGUGUUAAUAAAACAUGUUUAAAUACUACUGGUAUUAGCACUUGGACAUAAGCUAAUUGUUAGGCUUGGUUGAGUGUUUGUUAAUUAAGUAAACCUACUACUUGUACAAAUAAUGUAAGUAAUUGUUCAUCUGCAACAUAUAAUUAAUGUGUUAAAGAUACUAAUAAUGAUAUAUGUGUAUGGCAUUAAAAUUCAUGUAAAGAUAGAGCAUGUAAUAAUUUUAUUGGAACAGCAAAUCAUACUAAUUGUGAAAUUUGGUUAAGUACUUGUACAGUCAAUACAACCAAUGAUGGAUGUGUAACUAAACCUACUAAUUGCACAACUGGAGGUGUGACUUAAGACUAAUGUGUUGUCAGUAAUUCUAAUGUAAAAUGUGCAUGGAUUGGAGGUACUUGUGUAAAUAGAACAUGUGCAUAAUUUUCAGAUACAUUUAACCAUGCUAAUUGUAAUGAUUGGUUAAAUACUUGUACUGUUAAUAGUGCUUAAAAUGCUUGUUAAACAUUAUCAUCUACAUGUACUUCCUACACCAUCUAGGCUUAAUGUAAUAUAACUAGUUCUGGUACAGUUUGUUUUUGGGAUACUACUACUUGUGUUACUAGAACAUGUGAACAUGCUCCUCAAACUACUGAUUAUAAUGAUCAUACUAAAUGUAUCAAUUUUUUGAAUACAUGUACUGUUGCUAGAUUUGGAGGAUGUACAGAUAAAUUAAGUACUUGUUCAUCUUACAAAUAAUAAUCAUAAUGUUAUUAGAGUUCAUCUGGAGUUAAAUGUUAUUGGAAUACUUUAACUUCAUUAUGUGCAGAUGCUAUUUGCACAAAUGCAUUAUCAACACUAACUACGCAUUAAGAUUGUUAAACUUUCUUGAAUACUUGCACAGUAAAUACUUCAGGAGGUUGUAUUCCUCUUGUAGCAUGUAAUCUAUACACAACAUCAUUAUCUUGUGUUAUAUCUAAUACUGGAGAUACUUGUGAAUGGUAAUCAGGUACUUGCAAUAUUAAAUCUUGUACAACUGCUGCAUUAGAUGCAACUAGAGAUACUCAUGAAGAAUGCCAAGACUAUCUUCCAAAUUGCACAGUUGUUGCUACUGGAAUAGGUGGUUGUGUUGCUCUUAAUGAUUGUAACACUUAUACAUCAGAAAGAUAAUGCAAAAUCAAUACUAGUGGUUCAUUAUGUGGAUGGAAUGGUUCAGUAUGUGCUAAUAGAUCUUGUUCUACUGCUCCUCCAACUGUAACAUAUAGUAAUGAUAGUGCUUGUUAAGAUUAUAUGGAUGGUUGCACAGUAGUAGAAACUGGAUAUGGUUGUUAAUCUAGAAAAUCAGAGUGUUCUGAUUAUAUAGUAAGUAAAUAGUGUGUAAAAACAAUAUCAAAUUAAUUAUGCUAUUGGAAUAUGGAAUUGCCUCUACCUGCUUGUGAGAAUAGAACAUGUUUUAAUGCACCUAGUAAUUCUCUUACUCCUAUUUUAUGUGAAUAACACUUACAUCUCUGUUAUUCUAAUAUGUAAUAUUGUAGAUUAGAAGAAUGUGAAGAUCUUCCAUAUAGAACAGACUUUGAAUGUAAAUACUUUAAUAGUAAAUGUACAACUGAUGGUAUUAAUUGUGUAAUCAGAAAGAAAUGUUAAGAUGUAAAGAAUAGUGCUGGUUGUAUUACAGAUGAUUAAUUUAAUGAAUGUGAAUGGUAUAAUUAAUUGUGUGUAUUAAAAACCUGUUAAACAGCACCAGCAUAUACUACUGAACUUGAAUGUAAUCUCUAUAAAGAAGGUUGUACAACUAAAUUAUUUGGUGGUUGUCGUGAAAAGACUACUUGUUAAGAUGUAAAUGCUGAAUCAGCAUGCACAACCUCCAAAACUGGUGAGAUAUGUGUCUGGGAACAGAGUUUUUGUAGAGUAUAAAAAUGUGAAGAUUUUGAUGGUAGUUAUGAUGAAAUAUGUGAUACAUAAAAAAAAGGAUGUGUUAGUGAUGGAACUAAAUGUAUUUUACCAAAAUAUUGUUCAUAAAUACUAGAUAAAGAUUAAUGUCUAAAAGGAGUUGAUGGACCAUGUGUAUGGUAUGAACUAGGUUGUACUCUAUUUCUCUCUUGUUAAAGCAUAAUAAGUGAUCUAGAUAGAGUUUGUAAGUCUGCUAAUAGUUUAUGUACUACUGAUGGAUUAAAAUGUGUUGGAUUAGAUAAAUGUGCUAAUUAUAGAAUAUAAGAAGCUUGUAAAAUAGGUUUAGAUGGAAAUUGUUAAUGGAUAGAAUCUUUAAAUGAAUGUCUAUUAUUUGUCCAAUGUUCUGAUUUACCUUUUUUAACUCAUGAUGAAUGUCAAAAGGCUUCAUCUAAAUGUACUACAGAUACUUUGAAUGGAUGCAUUAAUUUAUAAUAAUGUUUCAAUUAUAAACAGAAAGAAUAAUGUAAAAUCAGUUCUUAACAACAAAAAUUGAUUGAUAAUUAAGUAUUACAAACAGGAUAGUGUGCAUGGGUAAAUAAUAAAUGUAGAGAUCAAUUAUGUGAAGAUUUAAGUGGUGAAACACAUGAAUCAUGUCAAACAAAACUUAAAGGUUGUACUUCAGAUGGUUCAAAUUGUAUUACCAUGCAACCAUGUUAAUAAUAUUCUAAUAUUAUCACCUGUAAUCUUGCAUUAGGAACUGAUGGGAAAUGUUUUUUUUCCAAUUUUGGUUGCAGAACUCUCGAAUGCACUGAUAUUAAAAAUGGAACUAAUCACUUUAUAUGUUAAAGUUAAAAUUCAACUUGUAUUUCUAAUGGAGAAAAAUGCAUAUCCUAAGUUAAGUGCGAAGAGUAUCCAAAUUAAUUAGCUUGUACUUACAAAGGAUUAGAUGGAUAAUGUACUUGGAAUGGAUCUAAUUGUAUUUUGAUGAAAUCUUGUGAGGAUGCAAAUAUAGAUAUGAUAGCCUGUUAAAGAAUGGGUGACUUAUGUAAUUGGAUCUCAUAUGCUAAUGGUACAUCAUCUUGUCUCAAACACACAUGUUAAACUAAGGGAGUUCUCAAUCAAUGCAAUUAUAUCAAAGAUUUUAAUGGAUUAACCAUAACUACAUGUUUAUGGUCAAAUGAAAUAUGUUAAUCAGUAGAUCCAAGGUAUUUCCAAAGUACUGAAUGCAAUUUCAACACAUUAAAUACAUAUAGAUGGAAUCCAGUUAACAAUACCUGUGAGUCUUGUUCUCCUUAAUAAGUGGAUAAUACAAAUACAACUGUUGUUAGUUAUCUUUAAAUAUUAUCUACAAUGAUAAUAUAUGCAAUAUUAUAAUGA